AUGAGCCAGCAAGACAAACUCCACAGGCUCAAUUCACUAGCGCACAUCCCGCUCAUCAAGUCGCCCUUCCUGCGCGUCCCUUCAGCUGUGACGCUGCCGUAUGACUACGUGCAACUUCCGUCUCCUCAGUCGAUUGCAGCUCCCCCUCCGCUGCCGGACUUGGGCUUGCCAGGGCAGUCUGAGUUAGAGGUGCAGCAAGCUCGGUAUGCAGCAGCACGCAGCAAGGCAGAGGUAUGGCAGGAGCAGGUCGAGCAGCGUAGGUUGCAUCGUGCCCGCAGACUAGCGCCUGGGUUCCUGGAUACGGGCGUGACCCUCCUGACGCCGGUCAAGAGUGGUGCAGCGAGUGUGCCUGCUUCGGUGAAGACGCAGGAGGAUACACUGAAGGAGUACUUUGAGGGACUGCAGUUCUGAUCUGCUAUACCUCUGUACUCUGUACUCUGUACUCUGUACUCUGUACUACUACUACUACUACUACUACUACUCAUCUACUCGCUCCUUCCCCUGGUGCACGUGUGGUGCCGGGACUUUUAUACUUUCUGCCGAGGUGCAAAGAGAGCAAAACACAGCGACUGAGUGCCAGGCCAGAGACGGCGGGCUGCUGGGUGAUCGGGCCAUGGGAGGUAGAUAGAGAGCAUCAGACUGGCCCUGCUCCAUCUGCCUCC